AAGAUCCUUCGUAACUUGCCUGGUGGCAAGUUGGCUGGACCUGACGGGAUCGACAUGGAUAUGCUGAAGCUUUCUCGACAUGUUACCACCCCCUAUCUCAACCGCCUAUUUUCGGCAUGUUUCAAGUACUCUACAUAUGCGGACGCCUGGAAACAUGCGUGUACCUACGUUUUACGUAAGCCAGGCAGAAGCGACUACUCGGAACCGACAAGCUAUCGUCCCAUUGCCCUCCUCUCCCACCUUGACAAAGUUUUGAACGGCUGA